AUGUUAAAGAAGAGUACGAGGAGGAACUUCGCGGAGGAAAAGAGGAGAAUGAGCCGCGACGUCAACGAGCGGAUGCUGCUUUCAAGAGGCCGCAAGAACGACAACAAUCAGAAUGUCCAGGAGCUCAAUGAUGCCCUGGUCCAGAUAUGGGAGGAGCUCCCUCAGGAGAAGCUCCGCCUUCUCAUCAGGAGAAUGCCCAGACGUUACAUCAGUGAAGAUAUUCAUCCACUGAAGCAGGAGUCCAAGCUCUCUUUUGAUAAAGAGGCAGAGGGGCAGCCACCCAACAUUCAAGAGGAAAUGGAGCCCUUGCACUCACACAUUAAAGAGGAAAUGGGGCUGGUGACCCUUCGUAUAAAAGAAGAAUCAGAGCCUCUUCAGGUUAAAGAAGAAGAACAGGAGGUUGAUAUAAAUGAUUUUCCAUUGAAUAUCAUUGUGAAGCAGGAUGAUGAUGAUAAUGAAUUUGAAGAGGACCAGUGUGGGGCAUCCCAAGCGCCAUUAUCAGAUUGCUACGACGCCACAUCACGCUCGCCUCAUGCCAGUGAUGGUGAUGAUAAAAACUCAAAAUGUUCUCAUUGUGACAAAAGUUUCUCCAAGAAGUCAUCAUUAAAUAGACACAUCAAGACACACACUGGAAAGAAACCUUUCGCUUGCCCAUUUUGUGAUAAAAGAUUUGCUCACAAGGGACAUUUGAAGAUCCACACACUGAUCCACACAAGAGAAAAACCUUUUUCCUGCUCAAUGUGUGGUAUGAAAUUUACCCACAAGAGUAGUUUAACAAAUCAUGCGAGAAUUCACACCAAAGAGAAACCUUUUGCCUGCACAACCUGCAACUUGAGUUUUGGGAGACGUUCCUAUUUAAUAAAACAUACACGAAUACACACUGGGGAGAAACCGUUUCUCUGUUUGAUUUGUGGUAAAGGAUUCGCUGUAAAGGAAGACUUGAAAACACACACAAGAACACAUACUGGUGAAAAGCCUUUUGCCUGUACAGUUUGCGGGAAAAGUUUCUCAUUGAAGGAAGGCUUAAGAAAACACAUGAGGAUACACACUGGUGAAAAACCAUUCAGUUGCAGUUUGUGUGAUAAAAGAUUCUCUCGAAAGGAUCGCAUCAAGAGACACAAGUGUGUUGGGGAGAAGAACAACAAUAAAUGA